AAACUUUUCCUGCCUUCUUUUCAGGAUUUAUUUGGUGUGAGCAUGGUUGUUCCUUUGAUGAACCAUCAUAUCAAAUCUCUAGGAGCAAGUCAUACAGUAGCUGGAAUAAUAGGAUCUCUCUAUGGUAUAAUGCAACUAUUUUCCAGCACUUUUGUGGGCUGCUGGAGUGAUAUAGUAGGAAGACGGUAUUCCCUGCUUGCUUGUAUUCUUCUCAGUGCACUGGGUUACUUUCUUCUUGGAACAUCCACCACUGUGUUCUUGUUUGCCAUUUCUAGAGUCCCUGUAGGUAUUUUCAAACACACACUCUCCAUCUCUAAAGCUCUGCUUUCUGACUUGGUUUCUAAGAGAGACCGCCCUUUAGUAAUGGGACGCUUCAAUGCAGCCUCCAGUGUGGGCUUCAUUCUGGGGCCUGUCGUUGGUGGCUACCUUACAGAGUUGGAAGAUGGCUUUUAUCAAACGUCUUUCAUCUGUGCUUCUAUCUUCCUUCUGAAUGCUGGUCUUGUCUGGAUGUUACCCUGGAGUGAAGAAAACACUGGUAAUAGGGAACAUCAACAAGGCAGCAACGGAUCAGUAAAAGCAAAUUGUGACCUGCACCCGAAAUCAGCAACUAAUGGAGCUGUGGCAAGUGAUAGUCUUUUCCAGUCUCCAUGGAUCCAAGUUGCAACAGUGCUGAAGAGGAUUAAAGGAAUUGCGUGCUCUGAUCUGUGGGAUAUAUUUUUAGUGCGAUUGCUGAUGUCUGUUGCUAUACUGCUGUACUACAGUAAUUUUAGUCUGGCCUUGGAGGAGAGGUUUGGGGUGAAACCCUUGUUUGCUGGAUACCUAAUGAGCUAUAGUAGUGCACUUGGAGUCCUGGCUGGUUGUCUGCUCGGACCAAUAACAAGACUCUAUCAGCACAACACUUACAGAAUUUUGUUGCACUCCAGCACUCUUACCUGCACAUUGAUUCUCCUAUAUGCGUCAGCACUGAGCAUAUGGAUGGUCAUUUUGUCUUCUACAUUCUUAGCCUUUUCAACUACUAUAGGUCGUACAUGUAUCAUUGAUCUUGAAUUGACCAUUGGUGGGAAUGAGGCCAGCGGUACACUUCUAGGUGUUGGACAAUCUGUGACAUCAGUGGGACGUAUAGUUGCCCCGCUUCUUUCUGGAAUUUCUCAGGAGUUCAGUCCUUGUGGCCCUCCAAGUCUAGGGGUUGGACUAGCUUUAGUAGCUAUUCUGAUAAUGAAUGCAAACAAACAAAAAUACUGUAGCCAUGGAAAUGUUAAGUUAAAAAAUCAAUAG